AUGCACAGCUUUAUGGGAGGGGGCCUGUUCUGCGCCAUAGUGGGGAACAUCCUGCUGGUGGUCUCAACUGCGACAGACUACUGGAUGCAGUACCGCUUGUCGGGGAGCUUCGCCCACCAGGGCCUGUGGAGGUACUGCAUGUCGGGCAAGUGCUACAUGCAGACGGACAGCAUCGCCUACUGGAAUGCCACCCGUGCCUUCAUGAUCCUGUCAGCCAUGUCGUGCUUCGCGGGCAUCAUCGCAGGCAUUCUCUCCUUUGCCCAUUUCUCCGCCUUCGAGAGGUUCAACCGCUCCUUCGCUGCAGGGAUCAUGUUCUUCAUCUCCACUCUCUUUGUUCUGCUUGCAAUGGCCAUCUACACUGGAGUGACGGUGAACUUCCUGGGGAAGCGCUUCGGUGACUGGCGCUUCUCUUGGUCCUACAUACUGGGCUGGGUGGCACUGCUCAUGACCUUCUUUGCAGGAAUAUUUUACAUGUGUGCCUACAGAAUGCAUGAAUGCAGGAGAGUGGUGGGCCCACGCUAA